AUGUCCACUCCUACGGACACUUAUGGAUAUGAUUGCAACUACGUCGCUCCCGAUGACGCUGCGCUACAAAGCAUGGCUCAGCGCGGUGCGACCGCUAUCCGUGGCGUUUCCGGCACCAGCUACACCAUCGGCAAUGCUUGCCGUGCUCUGUACGCGACCACAGGCGAUAGUACCGACUACGUUCACGGCGUUGGCAAGUCCAAGUACACGUACACCAUUGAGCUUAGAGACAGAGGAACCUACGGCUUUUCACUGCCGGCAAGUCAGAUCUCGGCUACUGUGAAGGAGACCUGGGCUGGAGUUCUUGCCAUGGCCCAAGCUGCAUGA